AUGUUGGCCGAUCUCGAUCACUUUGGUAAAAACUACGAGCACAACCAAGAGUCCCAAAAGGCGAAAAAGCCAUGGAUGCUCUCCUGGCCACAGGUCAAGCUCGUAGGUCUCGCCGGGACAGGCUUCUUCGUCGAUGCCUAUGACCUGUUCAUCAUCAACCAGGUCGCGCCGAUGCUCGCUGCGGUCUACUUCCCUCACACCGGUCUCCCAGCAAAGCAACAAGACCUCAUGAAAGCCGCUGCCAAUAUUGGCUGCGUCGUCGGCCAAGUUCUCUUCGGCCUCCUCGCAGACGCCUUUGGUCGAAAAGCCAUCUAUGGCAAGGAGCUCAUGGUCAUCAUCAUCGCCACCAUCUUCCAAAUGUCCUCCCCGGCCUGGUUCAGUGACGGCCACCGUGUCUUGACCUGGAUCACCAUCUGCCGCAUCUUCCUCGGUAUUGGAAUUGGCGGUGACUACCCAAUGUCUGCCACCGUCGUCUCUGAUCGCGCAAACAUUCACCGACGCGGUACACUCCUCACUUUCAUCUUUGCCAACCAAGGCUGGGGAUCCUUUGUUGGCUCACUGGUGACCAUUGUCACCCUCGAGGGCUUCAAAGGCCGUCUGAAGAGCGGACAUACGCAAGAUGUCGACAAGAUCUGGCGUAUCCUCAUCGGUCUCUCACUCAUCCCAGCCUUUGGCACGCUCUACCAGCGUCUCACUCUCCCGGAAUCCCGAAAGUUCGAGUUGACAAAGGCGCGAGAAGGCGCUGCGGAGACUGGGACCGUCACAGAGCUGCCACCAGUUACGGAGAAGAAACAAGAUGCCAACGCCAAUGCUCAGGUCGCCGAAGCCGACUCGGAAAAGUCGAGCCUCAAGGUCCCCCCAUCCCCCUCCGACACCAAAGACGAGACCCAUGGCGUGAUUGCCGAUAAAAAGGCGCAUUGGAGGGAGUUUGUUGAAUUCUUCUCGACGUGGAACCAUCUCCGCCUCUUGCUCGGUUCCAUGUUCAGUUGGUUCUUGGUCGAUAUCGCUUUUUACGGUAUCAACCUCAAUCAAAGCGUCGUGCUCGCCCAGAUUGGCUACGACGGCAAAAAGGGAGACGUCUAUGACAAGCUCUUCUCGCUCGCCACUGGAAACAUCAUCGUCACCUCGCUUGGUUUCCUGCCAGGCUACUACUUUACCCUCUUCCUCAUCGACAUUGUCGGCCGCAAAAAGCUACAGUACAUGGGUUUUGCCAUGUCGGGCCUCUUCCUCGCCAUUCUCGCGGGCGAAAUCAACCACCUCGGAAAGGCACCUCUCCUCGUCUGCUUCACGUUCAUGCAAUUCUUCUUCAACUUUGGCGCCAACACCACUACGUUUAUCGUCGCAGCUGAACUCUUCCCUACCCGUAUCCGUGCCUCUGCGCACGGUAUCUCUGCUGCGGCUGGCAAGUGCGGCGCCAUCUUAUCCUCUCUCGUGUUCAAUCAGCUCAAGGCGAAGAUUGGUACUAGUGCCGUCCUAUGGAUCUUCUUUGCGACUUGCAUUGCAGGGUUGGUGUCGACGUACCUGAUUGACGAGACGAUGGGUGUUGACCCAGACGAAAAGGAUGCGCGCGAGCGUGGUGUCGAAUACUCUGUCCAGUAG